ACACUACACAAACACAAAACUACUUCUGAUCGAAAAUCCCCCAAACCGCAAUGCUCUUUCCACUCCUGACUCUGUUCAUGUUUCAGUCUGAGUGAGUGCCCUUUUUAACGACCCGCGCUUCUGUCUCAGACCCUUGUCCUUAUCUCUCUCUCUCUCUCUCUUUCAAUUAUGCAGCCCCGUAGCAGAGAAAUGCAAGGAAUCAACUCCCUCUUGAACUCUUCUCAAAUCUCUCUCCACGACCUCCACAACAAUAACAACAACAACAACAACAACCAGAUCCAAAACACUCACAUGAACCAUCUCCACCAACACCAACACCAACUCAACCACACAACCCCUCACUUCGACCCAACUUCCCACGAUGACUUCCUCGAGCAAAUGCUCUCGAACCUUCCAUCUUGCUCCUGGCCAGACCUCAACCCCAACAACAAACCCUUGUGGGACCCAAAUCCCUCCAAUUCCAUCCACAACAACAACGUCAACGCUCACAAUCUCAAGCCCUCAGACCUCUCCGACGAAACGCCGCCGUCUAACUCCGAGAAUGUCGCUUUCCCCUACGACGAACACGCCACGUUGGCCUCCAAGUUCCGCAACCACCAGAUCAGCGCCACUUCUCCGACAACCAAGGCCGCAGCCGCCGCUCUUAUGCUUCAGCAGCAGCUCCUCAUGUCCAGAGGCGACUCUGGUCUCCUCCAGAUGCCGCUGUCGUUGGGUGGAAACAACGUCGUUGACGGUUCAUCCUUCAAAUCUCCCAAUCCGGGUGGUGAUGCUUCAGUUCAAGCUCUGUACAACGGGUUCGCGGGAUCUCUCCAUGGCACCGGUCAAGCCUCUAAUCAGACUCAACAUUUUCAACAUCCUCAGGGGGGUUCGAAUCAGAUGCAGGGGCAGAAUUUUGGUGCUCCAGGUGGUGGGGGAGCAACGAACCAAGCUCCGGCGAGUGGCACCGCCGGUGGAGCCCCGGCUCAGCCAAGGCAGAGAGUUCGGGCCAGGAGAGGUCAAGCCACGGACCCACACAGCAUCGCUGAAAGGUUGCGAAGGGAGAGAAUCGCAGAGAGAAUGAAGGCUCUGCAGGAACUGGUUCCCAAUGCCAACAAGACAGACAAGGCAUCCAUGCUUGAUGAGAUCAUCGAUUAUGUGAAGUUCCUGCAGCUCCAAGUCAAGGUUCUAAGCAUGAGCAGAUUGGGUGGUGCAGCUGCUGUCGCCCCUCUCGUUGCUGAUAUGUCCUCUGAGGGAGGCGGUGAUUGCAUCCAAGCCAAAGCAAACGGCAACAGCAACGGCGGUGGGGCCCUCCCUGGCAACGCAAACGGUAAUCAAACGGCGGCGUCAACCUCAAACGACAGCCUCACCAUGACGGAGCACCAGGUGGCCAAGCUCAUGGAGGAGGACAUGGGCUCCGCCAUGCAGUACCUCCAGGGCAAGGGCCUUUGUCUCAUGCCCAUCUCCCUCGCCACCGCCAUCUCCACCGCCACGUGUCACACCAGGAACCCCUUGAUCAACAGCACCGCCGGAAACCAGAUCCCGAACAACAACGGAGGCGUCGGAGGCUCCCACACGAACCCUGCCGUCGCAUCCAACGGCGAAGGGCCGUCAUCUCCGAGCAUGUCCGUGCUGACGGUGCAGUCGGCCGUCGUGGGUAACGAGGGUGCCGUCAAAGACGCUGCCUCCGUUUCGAAGCCGUGAUGACGGCGUUUACGUGACUUUUGGUGUGAAAUAGACAAAGCAGACAAAAAAAUACAUAAAGUUGCAAAGGAUAGAAAAUGACGUGUGUAUUUUUCUAAAAUGGGGCCGUUAAAGUCUACGAAAAUAAGGCGUCAGGGAUACGGGAGUGUCGAUCUGACGACGCCGUAUUUACCUAGACUUUGUUUGGCUGAUGCUAACUUUCAACCAACCAAUCACAACUCUACCAUGCCGAUUACCCACUUAUGUGUUUUUGUUCGUUGUUUUUAUAUUUCUAAUGGAUUCCUUUUUUCUGUUUUUUUUUUCCCCCACCUCAUUUCCCUUCUGAAUAACAAGGUCUG